AGUUCUAGUGCCAUUUGAGAUCCCAAAAAUUGCCAAAAGAGACAGACAACUGAGAGACACAGAAGUUUUCUACCUUGUUCUUUUCCAGUUGAGCCAAAUAAUCAAUAAUUCUUGAGAACCAAACGGUUUACCCAAUGAGACACCAAAAACUACAUUGCCAGUAUCCAGAGAGAAUCCACCCACUAUUUUAGAGUCCCCAAGAUUCUUUUCUAAGAAAUAAGUUUCUAAGAUUCCCAUUUCAGAAUGAUUCCCCAACUUCCUGUUGUCAGAUGCCCCGAAUUAAUAAUUCAGACUAGAGACUAAUCUUUCUAAGAGCCCCUUUCCUUAAUAUUAGACCGAUCACGAAGAUGGAAGAAUCUACUGCAGACCAAUCUAAGAUCCACCCUUUACCUUUAUAUCUUAUUGACCGAACCUUGUUGAGCCCCAAGAUUUUUCUAAAUUACUUAAUGCAAAGACAGUUUCCUUUUAAUUUUCAAAGAGAGUUGUUCCCUUAUACUUUAAGAGCCAAACAAGAUUAUUUCUUUUUAAAUACAAAUUUUGAUGUCAUAACGAAGAGCAACAAGAAUUCCUUUUAAGAACCUAAAGAAAGUUUCGAAAGAUUAUGUUAAUAAUGCAGAUGCUUAUUUGUUAUUUUAGUGCUUUUUUUGACUACUCGAAAGUCCUUUAUUUUUCUAGAAUACUAAAUUGAAGUGCCACCAUCCUUUAAUUUCUUGAAGACCCCAAUAGACCAAAUGAGACCCUUAUUUCUAAAUAUAAGAUUCUGAACUAUCCUUAGACUAAAGACCCUUGUUAACUCUGUUUAAGAUUGCUUUUGUUAAUUUGAUGAUACUUUUUGGAAUAAUGAAUUCCCUUAUGUCCCUCCUUGAAAUGAACUGAAAAUUUGAGUUUGAAAGUGUGCUACCCCAUUAAAGAGAUGCCAAUCAAAAGUUGUGCCUCCCCCUUUAAUGAGUUGUGUGACUUGAGCC